CUCGCGAUUGGUCAGUGAAGACUGGAGGGGCGGGGCUUCUCGCCGACGGAGGGUGUGAUUGGCGGGGCCCUGGCCAUGGCGGCUGUAGCUCAAGCGGCGGCGGGAAGGCAGCGCUGGGGACUGACGGAGUCUCCUGUCACUCUUUGGAUCCCACCCACUGUUUUGAGCCGAGUUCAACUUCCACUCCGCCUCUCAGCCUGGAGCUGCAGCUGCGGCCCGGUGAACCACAGCCACAGGGAUGGAGAGCCCAAACCUUGGGGACAUCUCAGUCCCCUCCAUCACCCCUAGAAAGAACCUAGUUCCAGACCCGCCUUGGGACCUCUGCAAGGAGGAUGUUGCUGUUGGACUGGGAAGAGUAGAAGAUGAAACGGAACUUGUGAUAAGCAGUGAGUGUAGCUCCCUUCUCCAGGAACCUGCUGCCUCUACUCCAGUUAGUGGUACUGCAGUGACAGAAUGCCACAAGCCCAUCGCAUGUGGAUGGGAGAGAGUUGUGAAGCAGAGGCUGUCUGGGAAAACCGCAGGAAGAUAUGAUGUAUACUUCAUCAGCCCACAAGGACUAAAGUUCAGAUCAAAACGUUCACUUGCUAAUUAUCUUCUUAAAAAUGGAGAGACUUUCCUUAAGCCUGAAGAUUUUGGUUUUUCUGUGUCAUCAAAAGGGGGCAUCAGGUCAGGUUAUAAAGACCAAAGCUCGGCAGUUCUGACUUCCCAGCAGCCAGAAGAAAUCGACAUUUCAAACCGGAACCUCAGGACACGAAGCAGUGGUAAUUCAGAGUCUCCAGGUAGCAGCAGACUGUCUAACUGUGCUUUGCUACUGAAAGAUGAACACAUUCAUGAUGCUGACCCUGGGGAGAUGAGAAUGCCCAAAAGAAAGGUGGCCGUUGGGAAAGGAACUGGAAGUGAGCAAACCAAGCAAAGGUGCAGAAAGAGUCUCUCAGAUUCUGCUCAAAGUAACAGAAAAAGAGAAUCUGUGAUUCAAAAGGCAGGCACUGAAAGUGAGCUGGUCCCACAGGAUCGUCAGCCCAGUGGGACCCUCUGCCCUGCGGAGGCCUCCCGUGCAAGCCAGGAGCCUGUGAGCUUGACUGGGGAGGGAGAGGGCCUGGGGAAGGAAAAGCCACCCGGUCCAGGACCAGAUCUUCACUCCACACAAGUAACUCCUGGCGUCACAAACAAAUUACAUUCACCUGAAGAAGCAGGUGAUCCGAAGCGUGAGCAGACUGUUUUAGAAGUAGAGGAAAUCAGAUCGAAGGGAGACCAAGCUGGGGAGGCGCAGUUGCAUAUCGACGUUUUACAGGGCUCUGAAACGCCCAGCUGCUCACAAGCCAAGAAGCACUUUCCGUCUGAGACAUUUCCAGAAGACAACAUCCCACGAACACAAGUAGAAAAAAGGAAAACAAGCCUGUAUUUUUCCAACAAGUACAACAAAGAAGCUCUUAGUCCCCCAAGACGAAAAGCCUUCAAGAAAUGGACUCCUCCUCGAUCACCUUUUAAUCUUGUUCAAGAAACUCUUUUCCAUGAUCCGUGGAAGCUCCUCAUUGCCACUAUAUUUCUCAAUCGGACCUCAGGCAAGAUGGCCAUCCCUGUGCUUUGGGAGUUUCUAGAGAAGUACCCUUCAGCUGAGGUGGCCCGAACUGCUGACUGGAGGGAUGUGUCAGAACUUCUUAAGCCUCUUGGUCUCUAUGAUCUCCGUGCAAAAACCAUUAUCAAGUUUUCAGGUGUAGGGAAGGGGACUUCCGUGAGGCUGACCACAUGUGUGGGGUGUGUAUCUUCAGAUGAAUAUCUGACGAAGCAGUGGAGGUAUCCGAUUGAGCUUCAUGGGAUUGGUAAAUAUGGCAACGACUCCUACCGGAUCUUUUGUGUCAAUGAGUGGAAGCAGGUGCACCCUGAAGACCACAAGUUAAAUAAAUACCAUGACUGGCUUUGGGAAAAUCAUGAAAAAUUAAGUCUGUCCUAAAGGCGCCUGUUUGAAGGUUUUUAUGCAUUGCUCUGUGCUUCCUUUUCUAAGAGCUGCUGGUGGACAGUGAACUCCCUUCCCAGGCAUGUAGAUUUUUUUCAGUUUGUUAGAAGUCAGUGUGUGUCCUAAGCCUCUGCCACAAGUAGAUCUUUGUCAGUGAGUGUUGUUGACAUAUUUUAAAUUUGAAAAGGUAACUGUUGGGUAAUGGUCCUAAAAGUGUGUUGUUUUUCCAGUGAUGAACAAUGUGUUGGUGCUCGGCGCCAGUUAUCAGCACUCCUGCUGAAGAAAAACUAAACGUGUGUUCUUUUCCUGUACAAAGUGAUAUUAGGCUGUACAAUUGUCAUAUGAAGAAAGAGCCUGCCAUUCUUAUGGAUAUCCCAGUGUUAUAAUUAAAUAGUGAGACAUUUACCUUAGAAAGAAACCAAAUAGAAACUUAAUUGACCAACACAUAGUAAUACACACUUGUAAUCCCAGCACUCAGGAGACUAAGGCAGGAGGAUAGAAAGUUGACCGCUAGGCUAUACUACAUAAAGAGAGACUCUGUCUCAACAAACAAACAGGGCAGAGAAGUGGUUUAAUAAAUAAAGUUACCUGAAUCCCA